GUGGUGAAUUUCAUCAAUAAUGGCCGGCCACAGGUGUUCGGCGUUCGCCCAGACUCAGCUCGAAAAACAUGGAUGGCAAGCAGGGCAAGGACUCGGCAGGACAGAGUCUGGCAUCAGUGAGGCCAUCAAAGUGAAGAUAAAGCAUGACACUGCUGGAGUCGGUCAUGAUCUUGGUGAGCAGUUUACGUACCACUGGUGGGACCAUGUUUUCAACAAGGCUGCAAACAACAUAGUGGUGGAAAAUAACCAGGAAGGCGUGAAAAUGACAAGUAAAGAGAAAAGCCACGGACCAAUAAGUAACAGAAAACAGCCCAAGAAUGUCGGCAAGAAGCCUCUGCUGUAUGGCAACUUUGUCCGGAGUGCCACUUUAACAGCGGAGGGCUUGAAACGAGAUGAUCAAGACAGUUCUUCAUCUGAAGAGGAAGAGGGCAACAAGGAGGAGAUGAAUAUUGAUGAGAAGUUCUUCAAGGCUUGUGGUGGACGAACAGCUCAUAAGGGCGCUAGGCACGGCUUGAAACUCUCCGGGAAACUGAAGCGAAUCCAGGAACAAGAGGAGCUGGAGGGUUACCUAAAUCGUCAGAAAGACCAGGCUCAGUCCACUAAACCCUCUCCCCCUAGCCUUGAUAAAGAUCAAAGUCACACAACAGAGGAUGAUGAUAAUGAUGGGGGGAAGGUGAGAGAUGCGGGAGACGAAGAGAAGCGGGAGAGGAAACGACAGAAGAAAGAGAAGAAACGGAGGAUGAAAGCCGCCAUUGAGAAUGGGCAAUGUGAUGACGCUGGAGAUGAACACGAUGGGGAAAAUGUACUUCAAGAAUCGGGAAGUGCAACUGAAGAAGAGAAACAUACAACUGAGCAGGACGCCGGUGGAUGUUGUGAGGAUGAUGAAAGUGAGAGACAACGGGAGGAAAAACAGCGAAAGAAAGACAGGAAACGCAAAAGGAAAGAGGCUAAAUCUGCCAAUGGCUGUCAUGAGGACACAGUAGACUUGGAUGAUACUACGGUCAUUACUAUCAAUGAAGCAGAUGAGAGAAAACGGGCGAGAAAAGCAAGAAAGGAACUGAAAUUGAAGAACAGACGGGAUGGUGCUAGCUGUGGAGAUGAUUCAAACGGACCUUUUGUGAAUGACGUUGUCGAGUUGACUUUAGAAGAAAAUGGAGGUGAUCAGGACAGAAAGUGCAAAAGGAAAAAGGAAAAAAAGAGAAAGAUGGAAUCGGUUGAUGUCUGUGAAAAUGAGAAUAACGAAUCUAGUGAACUGAUUUGUUGUUCUGUACCUGAGGGAGACACGAGGACUGGUGACAACGAUUGCGAUCUUGAUACCAAAAAUGGUGGCGAUGAUUUAGGAAUGAAAAGCAAGAAGAGAAGGAAAGAAGAGGGUUUGCAGAACGGCAGUCUCGAUCAUGAAUGUACAGAUAUAAAAACAUCAAAAAAAUCGAAGAAGAAAAAGUCCAAGCACCGACCCACAGUAAUGACUAUGAAUGAAUUUGUUAGAAAAUAAUUUAAUAAAACACAGAUGCACUACAAAAUAUCAGUUGAUGACAUAAAUAUUUUUAUUUUAAACUUAUUUGAAAUGCAUUUUAUGUACAGGUAUACAUAAACUAAUGGGGAUACUGUCUGUAGUCCUCAUGUGCUAAACUUCUGGUACACAUAAAUAUUUCUUUAUCGUUAUCUCACAAUGUUAAUCCCUCUAAAACCUGUUUGAGAUAUGUUGGACUUUAUCAUGUCUAAUGGAGUAAAAUGUACCAGUAUACAAUUGUUGGGUUCCAUGGCGUUUUGUACACUCGAACUGGGGAAAUGGUACCCGAGGCGAA